GUUCCGUUGGCGUUCCAUGUGCUUGUCCCAUUCAGAAGGCAAUAUUUGUGAAAAUUAACUAAUAGUUGACUAAAGCAAGUGCAAUGGGAGCUAAAAAGGUCAAAAUCAGCUCGGUCAAGCGGGCCGCUCACCUGAAGUCGAAAAAAACACCGCUGUCUAAGCAGCAGCAACAAAAACAAAAGCAAAAGCGCGAUCAACUGAAAUCGAAGCGCGAACAGGGCCAGAAUAUAUUCUCCCAAAAGGCGAGAAAGCGGGACAACUUAGCACAGCGUAAGAAGCACAACAAAUUGGCCUCCCUGGGCUUGGAUCCGCUCGAGGAAGACAACGAGGAUGGCGACGAUGAGUUGCUUGAUAACGUUGCGGACAUGCUGGAUGGCGAUGAUCUUGCCCUACUGCAGGCUAAUAAACGCAAGCGAAAGACCAAGGCGACCGGCGAGGAGGAUCCUGACCAAGGGCAAUCUAUCGGCUUGGAAAGGGCCUAUGCCUCUGACACGAAAAAAGAGCAGGAUGCGCAAAAGAUAAAGCUGGAUUUGCUGCCAAUCAAGUCCAGGGAUGGUCAGAUUAUCACCCGUACGACAGAGGUGGAUUACAUACCUAAGCCCAAGCAGAAAAAGAAGAAUGAGGAAGAAGAAGAGGAUGAUGAUUCCGAGGAAGAUGGUGAUACGGAGUAUGAGGACAGCGAUGACGAUGUGGUCAAUGAUGUCGAGGCCGCCUCCGCCGCUCCCGUCCAAAAACUUAUCUCUACCACGGAUCUACUUAUUGCCCGGCAGCAGGAGAUCGAGCGCCAGAAGUAUCGCAUUGGAAUCAUUUGUUCCGGGCUGCUCGAAAAGCCAGAGGACAAGAUGCGCAACUUUCAUGCUCUGUACGAACUCAUGGACGAAAUCAACCCAGCCAGUCGACAGGCCAACCUGAUGGCCGUCAGAAAGCUGGCCAUAAUCUCAGUCACCGAGAUAUUCAAAGACAUCUUGCCCGAGUAUCGAGUGGGUCAGGUGGACACCAAGAUGCAGACGCUUCGCAAGGCCACUCUGGAUCGUGUAACCUUUGAGAACGCCUUGCUUCAACAGUUUAAAAAGUUCCUGCAGAAACUGGAACAGAUCACAGCGCAAGUUAACCGGAGAGGUGGUCUAAGGACGCCUCAGACUGUCAAAUUGGCCACCGUGGCAGUACAGUGCAUGUGUGACUUGCUUGUGGCGCAUCCCUACUUCAACUACGUACAAAACAUUGCCCAGCUUCUGGUGUAUAUGCUGAACUGCAAUUAUGCGGAGAUGCGAACAGCGGUCAAUCAGUGCUUCCGUACAGUCUUUUCCAACGACAAGCGGUUUGAAAUGACUCUUUUUAUAGUGCGACGAAUCAAUCACUUGAUCAAAACGAAGCAGAACAAUGUUCAUGUGGAGUGCAUCACCUGUCUGAUGGGUCUUAAAAUCAAGAACGUAAACCUAGAUGCCGAGAAGGAGAACGAGUUAAAGCAAAAGAAGCUUGAGUCGCAUCGUCAACGCCUACUAAGUUUGUCCAAGAAGGAGCGGAAAAGACGUAAGAAGCUCACUGAGGUUAACAGAGAAUUGGAGGAAACCCGUGCCGAGGAAAACAAGCAAGCAAAGCAUCAGAAGCUCACCGAGAUCAUAAAGAUGGUGUUUACCAUAUAUUUCCGCGUUCUUAAGAACGAUCCCACUUCCCGCGUACUGAGCGCUAUUCUAGAAGGAUUGGCAGAAUUUGCGCACGUCAUUAAUUUAGACUUCUUCUCCGAUCUAAUCGAUGUGCUCAACCGCAUUCUAGAGGACCAAGACGAGCUGGGCUACCGGGAGCGAUUGCACUGUGUUCAGACCAUAUUCGUUAUCCUUUCCGGCCAGGGUGAGGUGCUAAACAUCGACCCCAUCCGAUUCUACCAGCACUUUUACCGAAAUAUGCUGGCGGUGCAGGCGGGCAAGAAUCACGAUGACUUCGCCAUUAUUUUGCGAACUUUGGAUGAGGUGCUCGUAAAGCGUCGUCGCAAUAUGAGCCAGCAGCGUCUAAUGGCCUUCAUGAAACGCUUGCUUACUGGAAGUCUGCAUCUGCUCCAUAAUGGCACCCUGGCCACGCUUGGCACAAUAAAACAAACCUUCCAGCUCACUUCUGUGCUCGACAACCUAUUGGAUACAGACACUACGAUAGGCUCUGGUCGUUACGAUCCCGAACUUGACGAUCCUGAGUACUGUAACGCAGCAAGCACAGCGCUGUAUGAGCUUGCGCUUCUGGCACGCCACUAUCAUCCCACGGUGCGACGGAUGGCCGUUCACAUUGCUCAUGGAGUGCCAGCAUCGGGCGAGGGAGCUUUGCCCACGGAAAUUGGCAAACUUACGUCCCACGAGCUGUUUACGCAAUUCGACAGCACUCAGAUGGCUUUCAAUCCGACAAUACCGCUGCCAAAAGCGGGUCAACCAAAACUGAAAAGGGGCAAACACUUGUAUAUCCGCUCGGACUUCAAAAAGGAGUACGGAAAACUGCUGCAGCAAGGAAAAGUUUCACAGACGAAGGAUAAACAAACUGUACAAAUUGAUUUUUUCAGUGCACUUCAAUAAAGAAAAGGUUGGAGAUUGGAGUAGAUUUAUAA